AUGUCUUCCUCGUCAUCGGCCAGACCUGCUUUCAAAGGCUCCACCUCUGCUAGAUUUGUCAAGAAUGACAGCAAACGAUCCACGUACCAGACAAGUCAGUAUAGAGCACGGCAGCACCAAGAACCCGAAGAUCCAUACAAAGCAAACAAUCCUAUGCUUACAGACUCAAUUCAGAAGAAAGACUUGGUUGCCAGGAUAGAUCAAAUGGACUCGCUAAUGGGAUUUGACCGUUUUGAACAUGGAGAAAAUGACGGAAAUAAACCACGUAAAGGUUGGUUGAUCAACAUGCAUGCCACUACAAUACCCAGUGAUGGUUAUUUGACGGAGUAUUCUGGAGUUGACUACUACUUUUUGGAUGAAGAAGGGGGCAGUUUCAAAGCAACAUUGCAAUACGAUCCGUAUUUCUUUAUUGAAACGGUUGCAAAUGGACACGAAUCGGAAGUUGAAGAGUGGAUGAGGAAAUUCUUGGAACUGUGUAAUGUCAAGAGUUUUGGACGUGUUACAAAGGAGGACUUGUCACUACCGAAUCACUUGCUUGGGUUGAAAAAGAAUUUGAUUAAAUUGAGUUUCCAUAAUGUCCAAGACUUGUUAUCAGCAAGAAGAUUGCUUACCCCUGUAAUCAAAGAUAAUCAAAUGAAUCGAGAAUCAAGGGAUGUGUUCAAUUAUAGCAAUGACGUUGAUGCAUCUGACCCGUCGCAGCUAAUCAGUGACAUAAAGGAGUAUGACGUCCCCUAUCAUGUCAGAGUAUCCAUUGAUAAACAAGUGCGUGUGGGUAAAUGGUACCACGUUUAUGCCAAACACUCUAAAGUCGACAUUAUCGAGGAUAAGGAGAAAGUUGUGUUUCCAGAUCCGGUUGUGUUGGCAUUUGAUAUCGAAACCACCAAAGCACCGUUGAAGUUCCCUGAUGCCAAGAUCGACCAAGUAAUGAUGAUUUCAUACAUGAUUGAUGGAGAGGGUUUUCUUAUAACCAAUAGAGAGAUCAUUUCAGAAGAUAUUGAAGAUUUCGAGUACACUCCCAAGCCUGAAUAUCCAGGACUAUUUACGAUUUUCAACGAACAGGAUGAGAAACACGUUUUGAUGAGGUUUUUUGAACACAUCAGAGAUGCAAGACCUACUGUUAUAGCCACAUUCAAUGGUGAUUUUUUUGAUUGGCCAUUUGUUGAAAAUAGAGCUCGAGUGCAUGACUUGGACAUGUUUGAUGAAAUUGGGUUUGCCAAAGAUAAUGAAGGUGAAUACAAGUCGAAAUAUUGUGUGCAUAUGGACUGUUUUAGAUGGGUGAAGAGAGACUCGUACUUGCCUCAAGGAUCACAAGGUUUGAAAGCCGUCACUACUGCCAAGUUGGGUUACAACCCAACCGAGUUGGACCCGGAAUUAAUGACACCGUAUGCUUACGAAAAACCACAAUUGUUGUCGGAGUAUUCGGUUUCCGACGCUGUUGCAACUUACUACCUCUAUUACAAGUACGUCCAUCCAUUCAUUUUUUCGUUGUGUACCAUCAUCCCAUUGAAUCCAGAUGAAGUUUUGCGGAAAGGUACUGGAACCUUGUGUGAAAUGUUGCUAUCAGUUCAAGCAUACGAAAAUAACAUUUUGUUACCUAAUAAACACUCAGAACCAAUUGAGAGAUUUUAUGACGGUCACCUUUUGGAGUCGGAGACAUAUGUCGGUGGCCAUGUUGAGUCAUUGGAAGCAGGUGUUUUUCGAAGUGAUAUUGAGACCGACUUUAAAAUAGAUCCAACGGCUAUUGACGAGUUGUUGGGCAGCCUACACAACUCUAUCAAGUUCUGCAUUGAGGUUGAAAAUGGCAAGAAGAUGGAAGAUGUGGAAAAUUUUGAGGAGGUUUAUAAUGAAAUCAAGGAGACAUUAUUGGACAUGAAGCAUAACCCAGUGAGAAAAGAAGUUCCAUUGAUUUACCAUGUGGAUGUAGCAUCAAUGUACCCCAACAUCAUGACUUCUAAUCGUUUACAACCGGAUUCCAUGAAAUCAGAAGAGGACUGUGCUGCAUGUGAUUUCAACCGACCAGGUAAAAAUUGUGAUAGGAGACUCCCUUGGUCUUGGAGAGGUGAAUAUUAUCCAGCAGAGAUGAAUGAGUACAAUAUGAUGAAGAGAACGUUGCAAAAUGAACAAUUCCCGGGACAGAAACCUUGGUUGCCGCCCAGGACAUUUGAUGAGCUUACAUAUGCUGAGCAGGCAUCGGCGAUUAAGAAAAGAGUUAGUGAUUAUUCAAGAAAAGUGUAUCACAGGGUGAAGCAGAGUCAAGUGGUGACUAGAGAGGCUAUCAUUUGUCAAAGAGAGAAUCCGUUUUACGUUGAUACUGUGAGAAGCUUCAGAGAUAGAAGAUAUGAGUUUAAAGGAUUGGCGAAAGUUUGGAAGGGGAAAGUCAAUAAAAUUGACAGCAAUGAUAAAGCAGCAAGGGACGAUGCCAACAAAAUGGUGGUGUUGUACGAUUCCUUACAAUUAGCACACAAGGUCAUUUUGAACUCGUUUUACGGAUAUGUUAUGAGAAAAGGUUCGAGAUGGUACUCGAUGGAGAUGGCAGGUGUUACUUGUUUGACUGGUGCCACAAUCAUUCAAAUGGCUAGAGCUUUGGUUGAGCGUAUUGGUAGACCUUUGGAGUUGGAUACUGAUGGUAUUUGGUGUAUUUUACCCAAGAGCUUCCCCGAGAAUUUUAAUUUGAAAUGCAAAGAUGGCAAAAAGAUCUUUUUGGAGUAUCCGUGCUCCAUGUUGAAUUAUUUGGUUCAUGAAAGGUUCACCAACCACCAGUAUCAAGACUUGGCUGAUCCGGAUACGUUCAAGUACAAGACAAGAUCCGACAAUUCUAUCUUUUUUGAAGUCGAUGGUCCUUACAAAGCAAUGAUUUUGCCAACUUCAAAGGAAGAGGGCAAGGGUUUGAAGAAAAGAUAUGCCGUGUUCAAUGAUGAUGGAUCCUUGGCUGAAUUGAAGGGGUUCGAAUUGAAGAGAAGAGGUGAACUUCAAUUGAUCAAAAACUUCCAGUCUGAUAUAUUCAAGUUGUUUUUGGAAGGUGACAGCUUGGAAUCAUGUUACCAAGCCGUGGCUACUGUGGCCAACAACUGGCUUGACGUGUUGGAUACAAAAGGUGGAAUGUUGGAGGAUGAGGAUCUCAUCGAGCUUAUUUGUGAAAACAGAAGUAUGUCAAAGAGUUUGGCUGAGUAUGGGGAUCAAAAAUCCACAUCAAUCACCACUGCAAGACGGUUGGGUGAGUUUUUAGGGGAAGAAAUGGUUAAGGAUGCAGGGUUGGCCACAAAGUAUAUCAUCAGUGCAAAGCCUAUUGGUGCCCCCGUCACUGAGCGAGCAAUACCAGUAUCAAUCUUUUCAUCUGAAAAGAAGGAGAUUUUCAUGAAGAAAUGGCUCAAAGAUCCAUCAUUGAAUAAAUUCAGUCCGAGGGAUGUGAUUGACUGGGAUUACUACUAUGAGAGAUUGGCGUCGGUGGUGCAAAAAAUCAUCACAAUUCCUGCUGCAUUGCAAAACGUCAAGAACCCAGUGCCACGAGUACCCCACCCUGAUUGGUUGAGAAAACGAGUUGAGAACAGAGAAAGCUCGAAACAGCAAAAGUCGAUUGCCCAGUUCUUCAAUGCGGGAACCAAGGAUGAAAGCAAGGUGCAGGACAUUGAAGAUUUUGGUGAAAUUGAUACUGGUGCAGUCAAGGCUAAAAUGAGUACAGUUCGGUUGAAAAAAAGGAAAGCAGGAAGAGCUAAUUUGGUGUAUGACUCCGAAGAAGAAGAAAAGAACCAAGCCAUUUUAAACGGAACGUGUCCUGAUAUGACACAAGAUUAUGCGGGGUUUUUGCAGUUCCAAAAGGCGAAAUGGACAAUGCAAGCAUCAGGUAGAGAAAGAAGGCGUAAGCUUUUUGGCUCGCAAGCUCAAAGCGCUCAAAGGUCAACUGUUGGUGGUAUGAUGAGAAAGCAAGCAGAAAACAUUGCUGGAAGUAAUUGGGAAAUUCUAGAGUAUAAGGAGGAUCCUAUGAAGCCAGGUGAUUUGAAAGUGUAUGUUUCUGCAGGAGAGAAAAUACACACCUUCAAUUUCCAUGUGCCAAAGAGAAUUUAUGCUUCGUUCAAGAGUCCACUCACUUCAAAACAGGCUAUACUUGGUUGUGAAAUUGAAAAAUCAAAUGCCAUUUUACCAAAUUCACACGAUGCUACAAACUUGUACAAAUUCACCAUGCCUCAAUCCGUGUAUCAAGAUCAGAUAGCUGAUGUUGAUAGUGUAUUUCAAAGCUCAAACAUUUUGGGUAUUUAUGAAGCAAAUGUUGAACCGGUUGAGCGUGCAGUCAUUGAUUUGGGAAAUACUGUCAGGUUCGAUGACACCAAAGUUGGAGCGCUUGGUAAGGGUUUGAAAAAUGGGUUCAACGUUAAAGAGUUGUUGAAGGUGGAAAAUGAUACCUACUUGAACAAAUUUGAUAUGGAUGUGGUUUACCUUCUUCAUAUUGUGACCAAUAGUUACGAAUACUAUACGAUUUUCAAAUCUUGGGAUAAUCAAAGCACCAUGCUUGUUUUGAAACCGACGGCAAAUGCCCAGGAAUUGCCAAACAAUAUUUCCAAAAUCUAUGGAGAAGUGUUUGACACAAAGAGGGAAAAGUUGAAGAAGAUGUCGCAAAUAAUCGACUACCCGGAUGAAAUGGCGUUUGAAGUGCUGUACUAUCACGAUAAAUUGAAGUUGUUGAAGAAAUUGAAUCAAACCAUUGGCAAGAUUCAUGAAAGUCGAAGCAAUAAGGCAUUGUUAGCAAUACAAUCACCAUACAUCACAAAGAUUAUCCCUCUCUUGACUGCAACUUUGGAAUUCCCAACCAUCAAAAUGUCAAUUAGCGAACUCACGCUUCCGGCGAUUGGAUGGCAAGUGUUGAUUUCGAAGCGAGUGAUGAAUCACUAUUUUGCAUUGGGCUCAUGGAUUAAGAACAUGAUUGCAUUGUCCAAGUAUGGACGGGUCCCACUUUGUAAUCUACAAAUUGAAAAAGUUGGGUACUUGAUUGAUGUGGAGUAUGCUCGGAGAUUAACUGAAAACAAUAUUGUACUUUGGUGGUCGCCAAACCCAUUACCUGAUCAUGGAGGGUUUGAAAUGGACAGAGUGAUUAGUCCAGAGUCGUUGGAGUUCCCUGUAAUCAAUAAUCCUGAGAUUUAUGAGACUGCAUGUUUAGAAGUUGAAAUCGGCACUUUGACAAUCAACACCAUUUUGACUAGUGCUUUGAUCAAUGAAGCUGAAGGGACUGAUUUGGCUGAAGAUGGGGUUCAAUUUGAUAGCAAUAAUGGUGCUUCGACUUUUGCCGAAGAUUCAUUCUCGUCGCCAGCACUAUCCAUAUUGCGAAGUAUGGUCAAAGAUUGGUGGGAUGAUGCUCUUGGAAACAAUGUGAAUGCUGACUUUGUCAUGAGUGCAUUGAUAACGUGGGUUCAAAAGAAAGAUUCAUUCUUGUACGACCCUUCAUUGCAUUACCAUGUGCACAACUUGAGUUCAAAAGCAUUGUUGCAAUUGGUUAGCGAGUUCAAGAGGAUGGGAGCACAAGUUGUAUUUGCCAAUAGGGCCAAGAUGUUGAUUCAAACAUCUAAAGUAUCCGUGGAAAACUCGUUUGCUUAUGGACAGUACAUCUUGAAGGCAGCUCGAUCCAAGCCACUUUACAAUUUCCUCGACUUGAAAAUUGUCAAAUACUGGGACAUCUUGAUAUGGAUGGACGAAUUCAAUUAUGGUGGAAGGAGCUGUGCUGAAAUUACUAGUGAAGAAACUCAAGACCUUGUUGUGGAGAAUUACUGGCAAAUAAAGAAGUUUCUUCCAAUUGUUUUCCAAAAUGAAUUUGAGGAUUGGAUAUUCAUCUUUUUGGAUGCAUUGUCUCAGUACAAGAUGAAAAAUUUGACAGGCAGUGGUACUCAAUCAGGCACGCCUAGGGUUACACAAAUACUCCACAUAUUGAAUGGACAAAAGAAGUUGCAGCAAACGCAAGAGAUGCAAGAGGCUGAUGAUAUUGAUAAUGGAGUGAUUGAAAUUUUUAGAAAACCGUUGCAAAAGAGGAUUGACAAGUUGUAUCGUAAACAAAUUGACUCGAUCAUCAACCCAGAGUUUAAAAAGGAGUAUGAGUUUCCUACAUUGCCCGGAUCGCAUUUGCAUAUGAAGAAUCCAGUUUUGGAAUUGGUUAAAUUCAUUUGUGCCGUGUUCAGUUUAUCUAAAAAGCGGAAUAUUGAAGUACGUUUAUUGAAGAAGGAGUUGCUACAAGUCUUUGAUGUCAAGGAGUUUAGUUCACAGGCUAAUUUCGUCAAUCCAAGCACGUCGUUGAAAUUGCCACAUGUCAUAUGUGAUUACUGCAAUCAUAUCAGAGAUGUUGAUUUGUGUCGAGACGAGGAAAACAAUGUUUGGAAUUGUACAGCAUGUCAUCGCCCUUACAACAAGAUUGCAUUGGAAGAAGAAACCAUUGCCGUUUUGAUGAAGUUGUUUACUGAUUUUUACAGUCAAGAUUUGAAAUGUGAGAAAUGUGGGUCCAUAAGACAGGGCAAUUUGGAUUUGUUUUGUACUUGCUCUGGUAACUGGGUUGAGACUGUUGAUCACAAUAAGGUCGACCAACGUGUACAAGUAUUUGCCAAUGUUGGUAAUUUUUACAACAUGCAGCUUUUGAAAGGCGCAUUGGAGGAGUUGGUGUAG